GGUGCGAAAGCGGCGCAGUCUCCGACUAGCUGCCGCUCCAGGAAGCCGGGGCGCCGUCGCUUUCUCGUCUCUCCCUUCCCGGCUGCCCUCGGGGACACAGGCAGGCUCCUCCCGCCGUCUGGCGCAGGCGAGCCGCUUCCAGAGAAGAGCAGAGCAGGCGCCGCCGCCGCCGUAGCUCGCGGCCUGGGGCUCCGCAGGUGGUUUACGGGCGGGCGGGAGGAGCAGGAAGCGCGGCGGCAGCGGAGGGAUUAUUGGCGGAGGGGAGGCGCCCGGGCCGCGGCAGAAGCAGGCCGAGGGAGGAGGAUGGCGCGGUCGACGGGAGACUCGGAGCAGGUCCGCUACUGCGCGCGCUUCAACUACCUGUGCCUCAAGUUCACGCUCAUCACCUACUCCACGGUGUUUUGGUUGCUAGGAGGGUUUGUCUUAGCCGUUGGCAUUUAUGCAGAAGUUGAAAGACAGAAAUAUAAAACCCUUGAAAGUGCCUUUUUAGCUCCAGCCAUUCUUCUGAUACUCCUAGGUAUUAUAAUGUUCCUCGUUUCCUUCGUGGGUGUGUUGGCUUCCUUAAGGGACAACUUAUGCCUUCUUCAAGCUUUCAUGUACAUCUUGGGAAUUUGUUUGCUCAUUGAAUUAAUUGGUGGAGUUAUGGCCUUAAUGUUCAGGAAUCAGACAAUUGACUUUGUAAAUGAGAACAUCCGAAAAGGGAUUGUGAAUUACUACGAUGACUUGGACUUCAAAAACAUAAUGGAUUUUGUUCAAAAGGAGUUCAAGUGCUGUGGUGGUGAAGAUUUUAAAGACUGGUCAGAAAACCAGUACCAUGACUGCAGUGCCCCAGGACCACUAGCUUGUGGAGUUCCUUACUCUUGUUGUGUCACAAACAAGACAGCAGUUAUCAAUACCAUGUGUGGAUAUAAAACUAUGAACGAAGAGCGCCUGAGUGUUCAACACGUGAUAUAUGUGAGAGGAUGCACAAGCGCUGUACUGAUUUGGUUUUUGGACAACUAUGCCAUCAUGGCUGGCAUUCUGCUUGGUAUAUUGCUGCCACAGUUCCUUGGGGUUUUGCUGUCUUUGCUUUACAUCACCCGAGUAGAAGAUAUAAUUGCAGAACACAAGCUUAAUGAGACUCUGCUUGAUGGAGGGAGACGGAAGGCGGACAUUGAAUUUACUAGCGCUGGGUGCUGUAUGUGUUAUCCUGAGUGAUCCCCAGGUAUUCCUUUAAGAAAGACAAAUGACUAACAUCCCUUUGCAUUGUGCCUUGACUGUAGUCAGAACUUAAUGUGAUUUGCAAACAAUAGUCCUUAGGAAACAAACCUCCCAAUUCUUUCCAGACUUUAAUUAAUUUUCUGCUCUGAGCAUUCUUUACAGUUUCACUGGCUUUGAGCUUGAAAUGUGUUGUCUCUUGUGGCAUCUAAAAAUCUAGCCAGUUUCCUGCUUUACGGUAAACAGUAUAGCUAAUCUGGGAGGGAAAUGGUUGUGAAAAUUAAUACAAUAAUUAUUGUAGCCAAACUGACUAUGUACUAGGGCUGUUUACGUUCCCUAUGCAAGGAUGUCGCUAACAACAUAAAAUCAUAUUUUCUUCUUUCUAUUUUUCUAGUCAUUUUCAGAACAUGGUAAGAUUACCAAUGCAGGGGCCACAAUCUCAAGUUCACUCUAAAAUAUUUUUUUGGUGACUUUCCCACCUCAGAACGAUGGUUAGCUUGAAGUAGCCAUUUCCUAAUUUUUUUCCAAAGGAUAUUUGCUACUUUGUUUUUUAUUAGCUGACUGAAUUCAGGCUUUUUAAAAACUUGAAAAUUUUGUGUAGGUUCUUUUUAUUUUCAAGACUUGGGUCCUACCACUAGGCAGAUUUAUUCACGGCAACUGCAGAUCAUACUAUUUUGUGGGCAUGUUCAGUUUUGGGUGGAAGCCUGUGUAAGUAAUACUUACUUGUCCAAAUUGUGUCGUUUAAAAUACUGUGCAAUCAUGUUUUGAUGCUGCUUCUUAUGGGUUAGGGAAAGCACUCUGGAGGCCUUGAUUAAUCUUUUGUGCCUUUCUACUAUAAACCACUAUCUGGAUUAAGUCAGAUAAUGGCAGCUUGCUUUGAUGCCAAUUUAAUUUCCUAAUUUAUAUAUUUUUGUAUGAUAUUUGGUAUCCCUGAUUAAUUUGAGUCCUGUAUGUAUUGUGAUGUACUGUAUUUUUCCUGCCUAUUGACUGGAAUUCUGGUGUGUACAGAGAUGCAAUUCUUUAUAUAGAAAAUAAAUUUAAUGA